AUGAAGGACGACGACGUCCUCACUAUUGUUGGAGCCAUUGGUGCCAUCUUGGGUAUCAUUGUCGUUGCAAUCCGCUUUUAUGCCCGGCAUAUGACGAACAAUAAAAUUGGGUGGGAUGACUGGUGCAUUCUCAUCUCGACAAUCGCAGUGAUAGGAGGAGAUGUUCUUGUCGUCGUCGCAAACUCUAUGUAUCCGAACAGUGCGGAAGCAGCCUCACACAAAGAUCCGAGUUACGAAUAUACUGAGGACGACAUCCAUUAUACGAAGCUGAGCUUUGGUGCGACUAGCAUAUAUUUCACAACAGUUUCGGCAACAAAGCUUUCGAUUCUCCUCAUGUAUAACCGCAUAUUUUCUAUCAGCAAUUCGUUUCGACGUCAAAUUCUUCUUCUUAUUUUGCUUACGGCUGCAUUUUGGAUAGCAACAACGAUCAGCAACUGCCUCAACUGCAUCCCUCUCAAAUACGUCUGGAUCAAUGCCAAGGCCGACCCACGAUAUUGUAUUAACUACAAUCUAUACUGGAUGGGAUGUGGCGUGGCCGAGUGUGCAAUUGAUAUGCUCAUUCUUUUGGUGCCUAUACGGACCAUAUCUAGCUUGAAAUUAAGUCGGUCCAAGAAGAUUGCCGUAGCAGGUGUCUUCAUGUUGGGUACCUUCGUUAUCAUAUCCGGGGUCGUCAAAGUAGCACUGAGCUACGUUCCUGGAAGCCGACAGCCGAACUUUGGGCAGACUUCAUUAUGGUCAUCCAUCCAUAUAUCCACUGGGAUCAUCGGAGCUUGUCUUCCGGUUUGCUGGCCCGUCUUCAUCCGACUCAGCGGCUUUUUAUCAGGCAAAACGCCUCCCGCCUCAUCUGUUCGAGGACACUGGUACGGCUCCAGCCGUGGAUCGACUCGUGUCACUUCUAAAAUAAUACGCCCACAAGAGCAUCCGGCCUAUGACCUUCACGAUCCAUCAACCGGCCAGUCCGACGUUCAUGAGCUACUGCAACAUAAAGAGAAUGUGCGCACAUCAGUGCCCUCAAUCAGCAACAAUACUAACCUAGAAUCCGAUACGUAG